UCGUUUGCUUGCUAUAUUACGAAUCUUCCAGGUGCUUUAACUUAUUUUCCAAUAUGCACAUUAUAAACAUGAAAGCUUCAAGUGUCUUUUAACUAUCGAUCAGGUUGAUUUUGUCAGAAAGAUGAAAGUGGGUGUGGCCGAGGUUUUGAAGUUACUGGUAAACACAGCAGAAAAGGGAGCCAAUGUGGCCAGGAUAAUCAGAUCUGAUGCUGAUUUACUGAACCUUCUGGUGGAGGAAAAAACAGGAGAUUCCAAAAACCAGCGAUUUGUCCAAGACUUCAAAACUCUCGCUGAUGUUCUUGUUCAAGAGAUUGUUAGGCAUGAUCUGACAGAAAAGAUUCCAGACAUUAAAGGGAGUAUCUAUGGUGAGGAAAGUAACACUUUUACCAAUGCUGUUGGGGAAUCUAUCACCGUGGAGAUCCAGGCCACAAAACAACACACUACAGACCUCCUCAACAAAGUGUUGGAUGGAAACAAGCGAGCAGCAGAUUUACUGGCAAGAGAGGCACAUGAGUCUGUCGCAGUGGAUGUAGGAAGUGGACUUGAGAAGUUGGUGGGACUGGAAGUUAAUGUAGAAGAUAUAGGAGUAUGGAUCGAUCCCAUAGAUUCCACAGCUCAGUACAUUGGAGGCCUACAUGGGACAGUAGAGAACAACGGUAUAGCCUCAGAGGGCUUACAGUGUGUGGUGGUAAUAAUAGGGGUUUAUGACAAACGGACAGGUCUACCCCUUGUAGGUGUCACAAACCAGCCCUUCUCUACAUUCGAUACUCAGUCUAAAAGAUGGAUUGGCGAAACCAUGUGGGGUGUUUGUGUUGGUGACACGAGAGUUAACUCCUUUUCGAAACCACCGCCUGUUAAGCCUAGAGACACACCUAUCAUAUUGAUGAGUACUAGUGAAUGUCAAGACAUCCAAACCACUUUCAGCAAAAAAUGUUCUCUCCAUUACGCCGCUGGUGCUGGAUACAAGCUUCUCUGUGCAAUUCAGGGUCUUGCAGACUCUUAUAUCCUGUCCAAGAGUAGUACAUUCAAGUGGGAUGCAUGUGGACCCCACGCCAUACUAUUAUCAAUUGGUGGAGGGUUGAUCAGCUUCAAGAGUUUACAGGAUGGAGAUUUACAGGAUUCAGAAACUCUUGUCAGAGACCUGCAGAUAAGGUACGAUAAGGCGGACCGUCCAGGUGCCAGUGGAGCAGAGCAAUGGUGUAACGAAGGUGGAAUAGUUGCCUACACAUCUACAGCUAUGUUAAAAACUAUUAAGGAAAUUAUUGCAUAACCUUAGGCUUAUUAUCAUCUAGAGAAAAAGUCAUGAGCCGAAUUUUGGGUUCUUUUCAUACAUACCAUACCGUUGUAUGUAUGUAAGUCAUUUAUAUCGCCUGGGACAAAAAGUCACAAAAGUGAGACUAUGGGGUUAUUUUUGCAUAAGAGACAGGGGCAGCGUCAACUUUUCAUUUUAAAAGUUCCAUUGCUCAAAAAGUGUAAGUCCAACAUUAACCAGAUAUCAUCAAGAAUUUACAGUUCAGUGAUUAGUAAGGGAUCCUGGGAAUCUCGUCUUUUAAAGAUUUGUUAAGCUCUUUCACAAAAGGUAUCAGUGUUCAAACCAAACCUGAAAUAUUGUUGCCUUUAGUGUAGAUAUCUCAACAUACCCUACAUAUACCAGUGUAUGUAUUUUAUUUUUUUAGUGUAUUUUAAGGUUAAAAAUCUUCACAAAUUUUGGCAGCAAAAAUGUAAAAUUCAGGGGAAUUUCGAGAAUAAGUGAUUUUGUGAAAUUUUCUGUUACUUCUCAAAUGCAUCAAUGCUUAAACAUGUCUAUAAUAUAUACAGGGUGCUGUCUAUAAUGUCACUUUAUUGACAUUGCAUGAGAGACAUGUUGGUCUAGUGGUAGGACACAGGGUUACGUAACCGAAGGGUCGCUAUUUUGAGUCACGGCACGGGCGCUAAGUUGUAGCCUUGAACAAGAUACUUUACUCUGUUGUGGUCCAGUCGACUCAGCUGUAAAUGAGAACAUUGACUGGUUGCUAAAGGCCCUAGAACCACAGAUAAUAGUUUGUGAAAGACUUUGGCUAUGUUGCUGUGAUAUAGCAGUAAAUAAGACUUUAUUAUUAUUGUUAUUGUUUAUAUGAAAAUUGUUUGGGGAUUAUUUUUGGAAAAAAACCCAAAAAAUUGUGAAAUUUAGAAAUUGCUUAAUAUUGCUAUACUGAUCAUGAUUACAUGUAAUUUUUGUUUAUUUGGUAAAUUCAUUUCAGAAUUAAGAUUUGAAUCGAUGUAUAUACAUGUAGAUCAAUUACAAGGGUAAGAUCUGUUGCUGUUAGCUGAUGUAUUAUAAUCCUUUGUAGUAGUGUGAAGUUUGAUCAAAAUCACUUAAGGAGUGAAGCCACAUUAUAUCUCUUUAAGACAUGUAUGCAAUAAGUUUGCAAAUUUUUAUGUUUUGUGACAUAUUUAAAUAUAAAUUUGAUAAAAAAAAAAAAAAAUU